AUGCGAGUGGGCUCUGCAGGGGCCCCCAACAGGCGGGGCCCCUCGGGGCCUCCUGGGGGCCCCCCAGGGGGCCCCCAGGGGGUGCAGGGGGGGGGCCCCCGGGGGGGCCCCCGGGGGGCCCCCGGGGGCCCCCUGAACCCGGAUUUGGCGGAAAGUUUGCGGAAAAGACUAAUGAGAGUUCGGGAGGAAACGGCGCAAAGACUGAAGUUGAAAACUACGAAAAGUAUUGCAACAAAUGCAGCUUUGGAAGCAAUUGUGGAAAAUGUUCCUUCAACUUUGCGGCAGCUGCAGCAGCUGCAGCAGCUGCCGUUCAAAGGGCUGCAGGGAGAAAAGAAAAAAUACGGGCAGCUGUUUGUGUCGGAGGUGCGGGCCUUUCUGUGCGAGAAUCGUCUGGUCCAUUUAUUGCGAGAAGAAGAAAAACCCAACUCCCCCCCAGGGGCCUCUGCCAGCAGUUUGCCCUCAGCCAGCGCAGCUGCAGAAGAGGAGUUCAUUUGUGUAGGGGGGCCCCCCGGGGGCCCCGAGGGGCCCCCUGGGGGCCCCCAGGGGCCCCCCGGGGGGCCCCUCGUGGGGCCCCCCGGCUGUGCCCUAUCGCAGCAGCCCUUAAACCCACCCAGCACUCAGUUUUGUGUCUCGCAAAGUAUGUACUUUAUGGGGGGCCCCCAGCACCAGCCGGGGCCCCCAGGAGGCCAGGGGGCCCCCCAGGGGGCCCCCUGGGGAGCCCCCCAAGGGCCCUUAACUGGGGUCCCCGGGGGGCCCCAGGGGACCCAUGGGGGCCCCCCGGGGGCCCCCGGGGGCCCCGCAGGAGGGUACUGGCCUGCGGGGCCUGGGGGUGGCGGAAAGGAGGCCCCAGAUCUUUGGGAUCCUGAAGACUUGGAAUGUUUAGAUGAUUUAUAA